AUGGCCAUAGCCAGCCAUGAUUAUCUAGGUCCCGUGCUCACAGCAUGCUCCAUUGAAGUUGCAGCAGAGACCCCCUUCCAGCUGCUCUUGGUUGGAGUUGGUCCAGAUCUGCAUGCGCUUCCUUUGGGUGCUGGAGGCGAUCUCUACCCGGCUCCAGCACCUUUGCGGCUUCUGCUGGGCAGCACUCAGCUCCACGGCGUGGUCUGUGAGGGUCCCCUGACGGAGUCCACCAAGUCCCGACGGGUAGCCGCCUUUGGUCCACAUGGACUGGCACUGUGCGAGGUGUCUACAAGGCCUGGUGAGCUGCAUUUGCAGGCUCAUCAGCAGGCGCGGCUACCAGAUUGGCCCUUGGAUGUGGCGUGGAUGCGGCAGUCAGAGUCAGAAGCGGCGCAGCAGUCAGCACGAAAGGCACAACCAGAGGCCUUGUUGGUCGCUUACGGCCGUAACUUUCUGGAAAUCUGGCAGAUCACCCCAGCUCUCGUUCGUGAAGCACGGCUCUUGGGGCCUUCGGAGGUCUCUUUUCUCUAUUCUGCCUCGCUACAAAGCGUCGGACACGGUGACUUUCUUUGUGCUGCUGGCACUUUUGAUGGCUUCGUGGUGCUGUGGCACCUCUCUGAUUCGCUACAAUGCGGCCGCGGCGAGGUCUCGCCGACCGCGCCCAGGUCCCAACAACUCAUGGGACACCAAGGUGCCAUUUUUCAACUUCGGCUGUUCUUCCAUGGCACCACCUUAGUCACCGCCUCGGACGAUCGGAGCGUCCGCUUGUGGUCUUUGGACAGCUCCCCCAUCUAUGAGACAGAGGAGUUGGAACGGCCUCCCACUCCGGACACAACGAGAUGGUCCUGUGUGUCCACUUGCCGAGGUCAUGGAUCCAGGGUCUGGGAUGCCCUGCUGGUGCCCCUGGCAUCGGGACGUCUGUCCCGCCUGGGCAUCGUCUCGGCCUCGGAGGAUUCGAUCCUCCGGGUCUUUUCGCUGCAGGGACAGCUGCUGAGAGAAUUGCAGGGGCACCAAACGCGAGGCGUGCGAUGCUUAGAGGUCUUGCAAGAUCCUUCCACUUGGCAUGGUGAGGCUGGAGCAGUGAUCAGCGGAGGUGAAGAUGGUGCAGUGAAGCUUUGGCCACUGGCAGAUGUAGGAUGUGCUGAGCAGGGCCGUGUAAGGCUAAGAACCUGGCAAGUGCCUGAAUCCAGUGAUUGGAUCCGUGAAGUGCUUGUGCUUUCUCACCAAGAAGCCUUGGUAGCUACGAACUUCGGAAGAGUCUACAAGCUGCAGGUGUCUGGAGCGCCGGAGGUGGGAGAAGAAGAUGUUGUCUGUAAUCUGCUGUUUGAGGAAGCUGGAGCCUGUUUUACCUCCAUGGGAGUGGGCAACUCUGGUGCUGCCCUGUGGAUUGGUUGUGCUGAUGGACGUGGGAUUUUGCUGCAGAUCGACUCCGGCGCUGAAGGAGGCCUCCGUGCGGUGUCCAAAGUGGUGGAGGUCUUUCGCCAAUGUCGCGUCAGCGCCUCGUUCGGGGCCUGCGAUGGUCAUGGGCUCUUCUGCGAUCAUGCAGGAAGGGUUCAAGUGUUUCGGGAUCUGCCAGGGUCAGCUGCUCCGGACAGGUUAGCUCAGAAGCAGAUCGCAACGCCUAAGAAGGGUGAAAAGAAUCAACGUCUUCUCUGUGCUUUGCUCCUUUCAGAUCCAUUCAAUACGGAAUCAGAUCUUGCGUGGCUCCUGGGUGAUGAGCAUGGCAUCUUGCACUUGGUCCAUUUGAUCCGCCCAGAUCAGUUCCGUGCGGUGCAUGAGGGGAAAGUCUUGAGCUUAGCUCCGUGUGGUGGGGACUUUUUGUCCUCGGGAGCCGAUGGUGCCAUCGUACGCCAUCGCAGAGACCUGGCGGACCAAGCAGAGACCUGGACCCAGGUCGCCGUCCAUCGUCCGGGAUGCGGCUUGAAGCACUUGUCUCAUCUCGUGCCCAUGGAUCAGAGUGAAGCGUCCGUGCCGCCACUCUUCAUCGGGGCAUUUCAGAGUGCCGACUUUGUUCUGUGGGACUCGCUCGCAGGCUUGGAAAUCUGGCGAACACGGUGUGGCGGUGCCAAGCGACCCAAUGGGCUAAUGGCAGACGAACGAUGCUUUACCUUCAUGUUCUCAGCAGGUUCCAAAGUACUGGAAAUCCAUACGACUUUCAGUGAUGAAGCAACGCGCAGAUCAACUGCUGCCCAAGGCCUGCGGAGGCCUUUGCAUGGUCGUGAGAUUCAUCAAAUCUGUUGGCUUCAAAUGCCUUCUUCGAAACACCAUGGCCUUUUGGCAACAGCCUCUGAAGACACCAGCCUACGCUUGUUACAGUGUGGUGGUCCACCGGGACCAUUUCUGUGUCCAGAGACCGGGACGGUACGCUUCCCCGGUUCGGUGCGGGCGCUGAGCAGUUGUGUGUUAGACCGUGCGUUAGACCGGCGGGACGUGAUUCUUCUGUCCGGCGGGGCCAAGGGGGAGUUGAGGGCCCAUCGGAGGAGUUCGGAUGGUUCGGAUCCACUGAGCUGCAUUUGGUCCACGUCGUUGGGGAAGGUGGAUCCGAUCAUUGAAGAGAGGGAUGAGUCGGAGGAAGAGAAAGUGGAUGAGGUUUUGGCACGGCUGGAGGAAAGGGUCAUGGCCGUGAGCACAAUGAAGGAGUCAGAAGACACUGUCCUACUGGCUGCAGCCUCAUCCAGUGGCUACUUAAGAAGCUGGCGCUUGCAAUUGAAAUCAUGUCUGGAGUGCAAUGAUGUGACUGUUGAAUUUCUACAACGACAACAGGUCUCCAACACCACUGCCUUGUGCAUGGAAGGCUUUCAAGACCCAGACUGGGGAGUUUUUGUUGGUUCAGCCGAUGGCAAGUUGGCUGCCUGCAAACUUGCUGGGUCUUGUGGGCCGUGCCUGGAUCUCCAGCUGCAUGAUGCAGGCGUCAAUGAUUUAGCAUUGAAGACCUUGGAUUCUCAAGAGGUCCUUGCGGUGCUCACUGCUGGAGAUGACCACCGGAUGGGCUUGUGUCAUUUUACCUUGGAUGGCGAGCUGCAACUUGCGAGCAGUAGAUUGAUCGAGGCUCACUUCAGCGCAGUGCGCUCGGUCUGCUGGGCGGAGUCGUUUCCACUCACCUUGGGUCUCGACCGACGGCUGCGGCUCUGGAACGAAGAUCAACUGAAGGCCGAAUGGGUCACCUGUUGCACUGAGCCGGAGACCAUGGUGUCUGUGACGGGCACGGAGAAUGUGACAGGUCGCACGCUGGUGGUGCUGGCCGGGCGAGGUGUUGAGCUUUGCUCGGUGGACUUCUAA